AUAUUGGUUUGUGUCUGUCGCUCUCUCCCUGCGGAACGCGGGAUUCGGAAUUCCCAUAACUGCAUGGAGCUUUUAUAAUUCCUCCUGGACGCACGAGUAACGGAAACUCCGCUGCUCUCCUCCCCUUCGCUCCAUCCUCUCUUCUUCUCUCGUAUUUCUCUCUCUAGAAUACGGAAGCUUCCCUGUCCCAAGCAUCCCGCUAACCUCCUUGAUCCUUGGAACCUUCUCUCCAGCUUGAUAUUUGUGCGCGGAGGUUUUAAUCCCCAAAAAAUCUGAAAGAUAGAAGAGGUGUUUGCCUCCUGUCGAGACGGAGCCUGAGCGCCGCCGAUUCCGGUAAUGGGUGUCUCCGUCGAUAAUCUUCGGGGUCUCACUUUGGCCCUGUCGUCCAGUUUCUUCAUCGGCUCUAGCUACAUUGUCAAGAAGAAGGGUCUUAAGAAAGCAGGCGCUACAGGUGUUCGGGCCGGAUCGGGAGGGUUCUCGUACUUAUACGAGCCUUUGUGGUGGGUUGGCAUGAUAACCAUGAUAGUCGGAGAGGCAGCUAAUUUUGCAGCCUAUGCAUUUGCUCCUGCAAUUCUUGUAACUCCCCUUGGAGCUCUAAGUAUCAUUGUGAGCGCAAUUCUAGCUCAUUUUAUGUUGAACGAGAAAUUGCAUGUUUUUGGCGUUCUUGGAUGCAUCCUCUGCGUAGUGGGUUCCACAACUAUUGUUUUGCAUGCCCCUAAAGAGAGAGAAAUAGAAUCAGUAAAAGAGGUGUGGCAUCUUGCUACUGAACCAGGUUUCCUUGUUUAUUCUUGUUUGGUCGUGGUGUUUGUUGCUUUCCUUAUCAUCCGAUUAGUUCCGCGUUAUGGUCAAACACACAUGAUUGUAUACAUCGGAAUAUGCUCACUUAUGGGCUCACUUACGGUUAUGAGCGUGAAAACAAUUAGCAUUGCCCUAAAGCUAACCAUUCAGGGAAUGAAUCAAUUUAUAUACUAUCAAACCUGGAUUUUUACAGCUUCAGUGAUCGCCUGUAUUUUAACGCAGCUGAACUAUCUCAACAAGGCAUUGGACACUUUUAACACAGCGGUGAUUUCUCCUGUGCAUUAUGUGAUGUUUUCAACUUUCACAAUUCUAGCUAGCAUGAUCAUGUUUAAGGAUUGGGACUCUCAAAAUGGAACACAGAUUGCGACCGAACUGUGCGGAUUCAUAACAAUCCUUUCAGGAACCUUUCUUCUGCAUAAAACAAUGCAUAUGGGCGACGACAGCGCCCCUACAAAAUCUGAAUGCAUUGAACCAAAUGCUUCAAACAGCACAUAGUACUAAACCCAGAAACAAAAAUAAAAAUCAAAUCAAAUCAUUUUAUCCAUGAAGCUCUUUCUGAUUUUUAAAUCCGAUGCAUCGACGAGUUUCAGGGGAAUCACAGUUCUGCAGGGGUUCUAUUGCUUCAUGGAUACAUUGUCUUCAGAUUACAAGUGCGGCUGAAGACAUAAAUGAGAAGCUAGAAAAACACAUUGUAAUAACAUUUCAUCUUUUUCUUAAUUUUUUUUGGUUAUUUGGAGAACUAUAUAUUGUUCUAGUUGUUUGUUUUUUUUUAGUAAAUGCAUGUUUGUACUGAUACUUUGAUUCACAUUGGAGACUGGAUCAAGGUGAUUUUGUAUAUAUAAAGCCCUCUUAAAUUCUUAGA